UUUUUAGAAGAGCGUCAGCUUUGUGGGCUCUCUUCUCAAGUUUUUCACACACUGACUGUGUGCCGCUCCUCCGACGUGGACAUCAGCUUGAAGAGCUCCUCAGCGUUUUAGCUAGCAUCUGGACAAAUAAGACAAAAUGCCUGGACCAGCAGCAAGUGCCACCAAUGUUGGAGCCUCUAGCAGAUCCCCCAGCAAGACAGUGGCUCCCCGUGCAGCAGGCUCCACAGUCAGACAGAGGAAAGCUACCAGCAGUGGUACACGCAGCGGUGGCAGGACCACGGGAUCUGCCGGCACAGGCGGCAUGUGGCGCUUCUACACUGAAGACUCACCGGGACUCAAAGUCGGCCCGGUGCCCGUGCUGGUGAUGAGCCUGCUUUUCAUCGCGUCAGUCUUCAUGCUUCACAUCUGGGGGAAGUACACCCGCUCUUAAGCAACCCUGGCCUGAUGACCUUUGACCCUGCGCCUCAGUUUCUUAACUCUUUGGACCUGGACCAAACAACAAAUGAACCACCAUCUUCCCCCCAAUGUCCUUUUUUCUGCUGUCACUACAAACACACAAAUUGGAUUUUUCUGUACACGAUCUUCAUCUGCGUCUGACUCUGGUGACCACCUUGUUGCUCCUUCCCGUCACUGUGUGCAUGUGUCACACAUGAUGGGGUGAAUGGGGAGAAGCGGUGUCGCUGUCUCUUUUAAGCAGCAGGAGCAGCAUGUGUUCACUCCAAUGCUGCAUGAAUUAAGUGCAGUGCCCAAGGACAUUGUUGUUUUCAGGCCCCCCACCAACAUUUCUCCCCGUAGCCUGAAUUGCAAUUUAAUUUUUUUUUUGUUAACAGCAUUUGUACAAAAUGUGAUUGUAUUAUUGUACAAUUAAAAAAGUAAAAAUUAA